GCUCGGCGCGCGCGGGUCGGAGCGCGCGGCGCGAGGCUGAGCUGGGCCGGGCGGCGGCUGGCGGGGCUCGCAGGGACCGCCCGAGGCUCUCGGAGCGCGCCCGUCCGCGUCCCGCUCCGGCCGCCGCGGGCGCGGGGCAGGAAGCGCGCCCGCACCGCAGCCCACAGCCUAGGCGCGGGGGGCACUGCGCGGCCGGCCGGCUCCCCGACCGGGUGUGCCGCCGCCCGGCCGCCCGCCCGGCUUGGCUCCGCCGCGCCGCGGGCCGCCGGCAGAGUCUUGGGGGGGCGGUUUCGCGCCGCGGGGGCGCGCGCGCCGGCUCUGGGUGGGGGGCGCGGGGCCGCCGCUGCCCGCCCGCCCGCCUCGUCUCCAGGUCCCGGGCCCCGGCUGCGGGCGAGCAUGGAGGAGAAGUACCUGCCGGAGCUGAUGGCGGAGAAGGACUCGCUGGACCCCUCCUUCACGCACGCUCUGCGGCUGGUGAACCAAGAAAUAGAAAAGUUUCAAAAAGGAGAAGGCAAAGAUGAAGAAAAGUACAUUGAUGUGGUGAUUAAUAAAAACAUGAAACUGGGACAGAAAGUGUUAAUUCCUGUAAAACAGUUUCCUAAGUUCAACUUUGUGGGGAAACUUUUGGGUCCACGUGGCAAUUCUCUGAAGCGUUUACAAGAAGAAACAUUGACAAAAAUGUCUAUACUUGGGAAAGGAUCCAUGAGAGACAAAGCAAAGAUGCAUCCACGUAGCAGCAAAGUGAAUUGCAUGAUUCCAUUUUUCUCUCAGGAGGAAGAGUUGAGAAAAAGUGGAGAAGCCAAGUACUUCCACCUCAAUGAUGAUCUGCAUGUUUUAAUUGAAGUUUUUGCCCCGCCAGCGGAAGCAUAUGCCCGGAUGGGACAUGCUUUGGAAGAAAUUAAAAAGUUCCUCAUUCCUGACUAUAAUGAUGAAAUCAGGCAAGCACAGCUCCAGGAAUUAACAUAUUUGAAUGGUGGUUCAGAAAACGCAGACGUCCCAGUUGUCCGAGGGAAGGCUACCUUGCGUACUAGAGGCUUGCCAACCCCAUCCAUAACCAGGGGAAGGGGAGGAGUCACAGCCCGGCCGGUUGGAGUUGGUGUACCAAGAGGGACCGCCACCUCCAGGGGUGUUCUUUCUACUCGAGGACCAGUGAGUCGGGGAAGAGGACUUCUCACUCCCCGAGCAAGAGGCGUUCCCCCUACUGGCUACAGACCACCCCCACCACCACCAACACAGGAGACCUACGGAGAUUAUGACUAUGACGAUGGAUAUGGCACUGCUUACGAUGAACAGAGUUACGAUUCCUAUGAUAACAGCUAUAGCACCCCAACCCAAAGUGGUGGUGAUUACUAUGAUUAUGGACACGGGCUCAAUGAAGAGAGUUACGAUUCCUAUGGGCAAGAGGACUGGACUAAUUCAAGGCAUAAGGCACCCUCAGCGAGGACCACGAAGGGCGUCUACAGAGACCAGCCAUAUGGCAGAUACUGAUUGUACUGUCUGAUGUUGUGAAAUAGCCAGUCUCCACCAGUCCCGUAUACUGUUCAAAGUAAUUUUUUUCUAUGAACAAUCCCUUUUUAAAUAAAUCAAAUGCUUAAAAUCUGAAUGGAUGGAACUUAAAACUUACUUUGUUGAAACAUCAAGCUUGGCAGAAAGAAAAAAAAAGACAUGUAAAAUUCUGUUAUUUCCAGUCUGUAUAUGAAAAAAAUAGGUCAUCAAAAGAAAAAAAUAACUUUGAUUUAACUAGUGUUAAAAAAAAUAGGUUUACUAAAUAUGUUAAUCCAUCCUUUUAACAUAAGCCUCACCUUUCAUUUUAAAGGUUUCCAUAGAAUUUAGUUAUUUUAUCUUUCAGCCAUAUGCUAUUUUUUUUUCUCUUGCCAACAUGCGUAAAAAGGGAAGCCAAUGACAAGUGCAAAUAAUGUGGUAUUCUUUUGUAACUCAAGUCUUGAAAUGUUCUGUAGUGUUAAGCAAAGUCUUCUCUUGCUUGAUACUAAAUAAACUUUUGAAAGAAAUUUUGUGUGUGUGAGCUAACAGUUUCAUGCUUUUCUUAUUAAAAAGGCCUUCAUAAAUAGCUGUAAACAGGGAAAGAAUCAUUUAACAACGCUUGUCAUAAAAGGGUCACACUAAACAUUGUACAGCUUAUUUUAAAAGUGGUAUAAAAUUAAAUGUACCAUUAUAUAUCCUCACUGUAGGUUUAAAUGCUGCUUAAAGAGUCCAACUGGUAUCAGGCUGCUUUGUGGCACGUUAAAACUACGCAAACCAAAUCUUGUUUAAAAACUGGUUUAAAAUAACUACUGAUUUUCUGAAAAAGAUGUGAUCAGUUUUCAUCUUGUUGAGCAUUUUUUCACUAGUGCAACUUUGGAUUUUUUAUGAGAAUUUUGGUACCUUAAUGAACACCUCGCUCCAUGCUGGAAGCAAUAAGCACAAAGCUUUAAAAGACAUUCUGACUUGACUAAUUGAGGUCGCACUCGCCAAGGCUGAGGAUGUGUAACCCUUAAACGGUCUUCAUUUUCAAAGGAAGUGUCAGCCAUCUUGAAAAGUCAAAGGAACUGGUUUUGCACCUAGAGCAAGAAAAGGAAUGUUUCUUCUAAUUGUGAACUGCUUAAGAAUAAUGAACUCACCAACGUGCCUCAUCAGUAAAUGAACUCUCUUGGGAACUAGAAAAACAUCAUAAUUUUUUUUGUCAUGGUUUUGUGUUCUGUGAAAUGUUUUAUAAAAUGGUAUGCUUUUUUAAUUUGGAGAGUUUUUAAAAAGGAAAGAAAGUCUUAUUUUGUUGUCUCAUAAUUUGUGUCUUAUUGAAUAAAGACUGCCCAUUUAAAUCUCUUCUACCUUAAUAUAAACCUAGAAAAAAUAAAGUUCCUGUUAUUUCAUUACA